AUGACCCCGCAUGCUCAGUUAUUAUCAAGCUUUGAGGCGGCACCGAAUGCUGAUGAAAAUGAAGUCCAGAAGAGGGAUACAAAUGAUCUACAUCCGCCACAGUUAUCCGGGAUCGUCGCUGACAGUGACGCACUUCAACCGACCAAACAACAGUUAGAAGAUGCCUUGGCGAAGAGCAGAUCAUAUUGGUACAAACAUGGCAUCAAGCCAGAAUUGGCAAAUCCUCACCACAUGCUUAUGAAAGUCCUUAGCAUGCAUGCCGGACCCCAUACUACUCAUUCCCACCACGUUGGCGCAUCUCUUUCCCCAUUGCUCUGUCUUCAAGCAUCCGUUAGCUGGCAUGUAGAUGAAUCUACAGACUGCGAUCGCAUUGAAAGAGACAAAACAAACAUUGUGCUUUUGUAUAUUGGCACGAAAGCUUCAGUCCCCUAUGCGCUCAAUGGCAAUGGGUUUCGUCAUUGGGUUGGCACAGAAGAUGAAACGGCUGGGAGAGGUGGUAUGAAAUAUACAGAGUCAAAAGCCGCUGUAUAUCGCCAGACUACUCAGUACACCCCAACACAUAUGAUCGAUAUCGGUGAGGCGGACGACGACACAAUCUCAUGGUGGUCAUCAAUCCUGGCUCCUGGCGAUGGUUGGAAAGCUAUCAUGAAGGAGUGUGAUGAUGGGGAAUUCCUUGCACCUUGGUCAGUCAUCUGCAGAUCACAGCAAUCAUUCGCGAUUCAAUGCAAAAGAAAGACUGCUACUGGGGAUUUCCCUCCCAUACCAAUGUCAUCUAGUAGGGCGUUUGAAGCUCUUUCUCGGUUUGCUCUCAUGUAUAACUUGGGGAGUCAGUUCCCCGUUGCUCUUGGAACUGCCAUUACAGUACCAACACAUAACUGUCAUGGCUCAACCAUUCAACUUCCUCCGCCAACACUCACAGGGGCACAGUUUGCAAUCCAGACGCUGUUUAUGUCUUCCCUCUGCGGCAUGUUCUGGGAGCCAGGUGUGCCGUGUAAUCUUGUUAGUGCAUGGCUACAUCCAAUACUAAACGAGGUGCCUGAAGGAACGAAAUUUGAAGACCUGCCGGGCCUUUAUUAUGACAUUCUUGCCAUUAUCUGUGGCAUUCGGCGACCCACGAUAUCUGCGCUUUGGCUUGGAGCUGUAGCUGGGGGGUUGGCCCCGAUCAUCCUUCGCAGGACUAGACGGGGUAGACCCCCUCUGGACCCAGUUGCCUUCCCUUGGACUGGCUGUCUGCAAAGCUUCAUGGACAUUGCUGGCAUGGGGCCUUAUAUCAUCGAUCAAUACAAGAAACAAGUCCGGAGGGCCGACGUCUGGCGACUUCUUCACCUUCCUACAACCGAGGAAGAUGACCUAUCAUACAAUUAUCCACCACGCACACCUUGGGAGCCAUGUGGAAUGAUGGAGACGCGGAAUUGUGCUCUUCGGGUCGCCUCGCAUUUGGACUGUCCACGACAUCACCUCCGUUACCAAUAUUGGAUCUGGGAGCCUGAGAACGGCCCGGCCAUUCAGGACAAAGGGUUUUCGAUGGCAACAGUUAUGCCUACUACGCUGGAUGUAGAUUCUCUCCGAGUGCAAGAUUUACAGCGGUUUCCUCAUAAACCGCUUGAUCAGGACGCAUCGGAAGAAGCGUCGCUGGACAUUUUCCGUUGGUUUAUCACGAAUGGGGAAGGGUUUCCCCCAGGAAUGAUUUAUAAGGAUGAAUGGCUGGAGGGUCUUGAUGAUGAGGAUACUGAUGAGGACCAAGAGGAUGAUGGUAUGAAGUCAAACAGCUCACGAGCAAACCACCCGAAUAAUCUGGAAAAAUGGCUGGCUACUCUUCAAGACCCUUCCACUUAG